AUGGCAGACAUUGACGUUGAAUAUACACUUUCCCAGCUUGAACUCUCAGAGAAAAUCGGCUUGAUUGCCGGAAUUGACUUCUGGCACACCUUUGCCGUUAAGCGAUUGAACAUUCCUAGCUUGAGAUUGUCCGAUGGGCCAAAUGGUACCAGAGGUACUAGGUUUUUUGACGGAGUUCCUGCCGCGUGCUUUCCGUGUGGAACCGGUUUGGGAUCCACCUUCAACAAGGAAUUGCUUCAAAAAGCCGGCCAAUUGAUGGGGGUUGAAGCAAAACAUAAGGGUGCCCACGUUAUUUUGGGGCCAACCACAAAUAUGCAAAGAGGUCCUUUGGGGGGAAGAGGGUUUGAAUCUUUUUCGGAAGACCCCUAUUUGGCCGGAAUUGCUUCGGCUGCCAUCAUCAAUGGGAUCCAAGACGAAGACAUUGCUGCUACUAUCAAGCACUUUGUUUGUAAUGACUUGGAAAACGAGAGACAGAGUUCUGAUGUCAUUGUCACUCAAAGAGCUUUGAGAGAAAUCUAUUUGGAACCUUUCAGAUUGGCUAUCAAGUACUCCAAUCCUGCUUGUUUCAUGACUGCGUAUAACAAGGUCAAUGGAACCCAUGUAUCAAACAAUUCCAAGAUCUUGAAGGAUAUCUUGCGUGAUGAGUGGAAGUUUGAAGGAUUGGUGAUGUCUGACUGGUUCGGAGUCUACACUUCUGAAAAGGCCAUUCAAAGUGGUUUGGACUUGGAAAUGCCAGGUCCUACCAUCUUCAGAUCCGUUGAAAUCAUCAAGCACAUGAUUGAGUCCAGAGAAUUGCACAUUGAUGAUCUUGACGACAGAGUCAGAAAUGUCUUGAACUUGGUUAAAUGGUGUGCCAAGAGCGGAGUGCCUGAAAAUGGAGAGGAAGAUACUGACAAUGACACAAAGGAAACCUCGGCCUUGUUGAGACAAAUUGCUGCUGAAUCUGUGGUUUUGUUGAAGAACGAGGAUAACGUCUUACCAUUGAAGAAAGAUGACAAAAUUGCUGUUAUUGGUCCAAACGCCAAGUAUCCAGCGUACUCUGGUGGAGGUUCUGCUUCUUUGAGGCCUUACUAUACCACCACUCCUUUCGAGUCGAUUUCCAAAAAAUUGUCCACUACUCCUGAGUACACAGUUGGUGCAUACGCUUUCAAGAGCAUGCCUUCCUUGGCCACUCAAUUGACUAACUUUUCCACCGGGAAAACUGGUUACAACAUGAAGUUCUAUAAACAUCCAAGGGACUACAAGGGAGAUAGAGAAAACAUUGACGAAUUGAACAUCAAUACCUCCUUUAUCUUUUUGGUGGAUUACAAAAACGACAAGCUUGAUAGCAAUUUGUACUACAUUGAUAUUGAAGGUGACUUUGUUCCUGAGUCGUCCGGUGAGUAUGAGUUUGGUUUGACUGUUCAAGGUACUGCUUUGUUAUAUGUCAAUGACCAAUUGGUUGUUGAUAACAAGACCAAGCAAGAAAAGGGAGAAGCCUUCUUCAAUAUGGGUUCUACUGAGAUCACCAACAAAAUCAACUUAAAGGGAGGCGAAAAGUACAGAGUUAGAGUUGAAUUUGGUUCGGCUCCAACCUUUACCGCUAGUAAUGGUGAAAAUGUUGACUUUGGUGGUGGUGGUGGUUUAUUCUUCGGAUGUGCCAAAGUUAUUGAUGAUGACGAAGAAAUAGCUAAUGCUGUUAAGUUGGCUAAGUCGGUUGAUAAAGUUGUUUUAGCCAUUGGUUUGAACCAGGAAUGGGAAAGUGAAGGCUAUGACAGAAAAGAUAUGGAUUUACCUUUGAGAACGAACGACUUAGUGGAAGCUGUAUUGAAGGCUAACCCAAACACUGUUAUUGUUAACCAAUCCGGUACUCCUGUUGAAAUGCCAUGGUUGAGCAAAGCCAAAGGUUUGCUUCAGGCCUGGUAUGGUGGUAAUGAAGGAGGAAAUGGUAUUGCUGAUGUGUUAUUUGGUGACCAUAACCCAUCUGGUAAGUUGUCUUUGACCUUCCCCUUUAAGAACAUUGACAACCCUGCUUAUCUCAACUUUAAGACUGAAAGAGGUAGAGUUUUGUACGGUGAGGAUAUCUUCAUCGGUUACAGAUAUUACGACAAGUUGCAAAAAAAGGUAGCCUUCCCAUUCGGUUACGGAUUAUCUUACACCAACUUUGAAUACUCUGACUUAAAGAUUAAUGUUGAUGAAGCCAAAGAUAAAUUAACUGCAUCUUUAUCAGUAAAAAAUGUUGGUAAGGUAGAUGGUGCUGAAGUGGUUCAAUUAUAUAUCAGCCACAAGGGUGGUAAGACCAUUCUUCCUGUCAAGGAAUUGAAGGGAUUUGAAAAGGUUUCCAUCAAAGCUGGUAAAUCCGUCACUGUCUCAUUCGAUUUGUGCUUGAAAGAUACCUGUUCUUGGUUUGAUGAGUACUUCGACAAAUGGAUCUUAGAGACUGGUGACUACGAAGUUCAAAUUGGUAAGUCCAGUGACGAUAUCGAGUUGAUUGCUCCAUUCGAAAUCAAAAACCAAAAGUUAUGGAAAGGUAUUUAG